AUGUCUACACAAUCCAAAACAAUGCCGUUGAUUGAUCUCAAAGUAUACAUUCGCAUCGUCGCUGCGGUAUUUUCGAUAUCAUCAGCAACUGCUAUUGUCAUGACUUUGUUGCGCCUUCUAAAUCCUCAUUUGUAUUAUUUAGAUGCAUUAAACAACAGGGAUAUGGCUAUACACUAUUUUGUCAGUGGUCUCAUGCUUGUAACAAGUACUAUUGGAUUUCUAAACAGCCUCAUAGUCAUGAAUCGCAGUGCUACGAAUAACACAGGUCGGAAUAUAACAAUAUGGCUGUUGCUGGAUUCCCUGUUUGAGACAUCUCGAGUUGUGUAUGUGUUUCUCUGUGAAAUUAUACUGAAGGGACAGGGACCAUUACAAUUCUAUGAACUGAUGAUUACUAUCAUACAAUAUCUGCUGGACAGCUUUCUCUACUGCCAAAUGAUACUCAGGCACUAG